AUGUUCCGAGUCCUGGCUGCGACGGUGGCGCUGUGCUGGAGUCUUAAGACCUCCAGAGAGGGCGAAACUUGCGCACCUCUGAAGAACCACGGUUCCUACUCUGCCGUGGAGAUCGGCAUCGGAACCCCGCGGCAGAGCUUUGAUCUGGUGGCCGAUACGGGCAGCAGCAAUGUCAUCGUGACGCACUGCGCGUGUCAGCAGACCAACUGCUUUGGGUAUUCGACGCCCUGCUUCACAGGCGCCAACCGUUCCUCCACCUUUCACAUUCCACUGGGCGAGGACGGGGAGCCUGAGAGCUUGGCACUGGAGUUUGGCAGCGGCGUGAUCUUCGGUGUGCUGGGCACCGAUGUGGUGUCCCUGGGAAGUACUGCUGCCGUGAUGAACCGAAGCCUGGUGCUGAUGUACGACCACGAGCUGGACGCCAGCAUCACUGAUUUCGAGGGCAUCUUCGGUUUAGGCCUGCCAUACGACGACGUCGGCUUCGAGAAGUCCUCGUGGCUCACCACAGCUGCCAUUGAUCGAUUUUCCAUGUGCUUCACUGGUUUUGAAGAAGAUGGGGUGCUGCGUUUGAACUACGGCGAAGCCAAGGAGUCCAAGAUGAAGAGCGUUGGGAAGUACCAUUGGGGUCUGAACUUCAACGGCAUUUCUAUUGGUCAAGAGACCCAGGAGGUGUUAUUCUGUGAUGGCCAGACUGCCAGCAGCAGAUGUGGCAUCAUUCCGGACUCGGGCACCACUUUGAUGCUGGGCCCCUCCCAGCAGAUCUUGGAGCUCUUCAGUUCUUUGUGCGACAUGUGGCCGCGCUGUCAGAAAGCCUAUGCGGAGUUCAACCGAACGCAGAAGGAUGAGUUCACUUUAGGUGGUGCGCUGGGAGAUUGGCUCAAGCAUGCGCUGAGUAAAUGGGGCCUACCAACCAUUAGCUCGCCCUUUGCCCCAGACCCCAAGACACAGGUGAAGUUGGACAAGCGCCGUCACUUCGAAGGUCUGCUCAAGAGCUGCCAGUCGUGGGGUGCGAGCGACACGGCAGCGUUGGAUAAGGAGCUGCCAACGAUUUAUUGGCACCUGGCGGGAGCGGAGGGUGAGAAACAGAUCUUGGAGAUGCCACCGAGCUCCUACGUCGUGGCCAUGGGCUAUGCAGAGCAAGUGGCCUGUUUGCCCUUCUUCGGCGAGUAUGAGUACGUCACAGCGCAGAACGGGCCCAUUUGGAUUCUGGGAAGUGCGGUGUUUUACGACUAUGUGGUGCAGUAUGAUCUCUCCAGCAGCAGCAUCUCCUUCUCUGACAGCCCCUGCGGCCACUGCGCUGGCGCGCCCUCCGCCGUGUCCGGCGUGCCGCUGCUGAAAUUGGCACGGAAACGGCGGGGGAACGGACAGCGGCUGCGACGGCAGGAGGGAAAGGUGAGAAUGCCGCAUUGGGACACGCAAAGGCCGUUGUAG